UGCUCAUGAUGAGGUGGAAGCGCCGGGCCAAGGCACAGGCGGAAGCCCGCCCCUUCACCAUGUCUUCGAGGACCCCGCGCCUGCGGCUGCAGCGACAGCUAACGGCGCGCAUGGCUGCAGUGCAGGGCGCGGGACUUCUAAAUACACACACACUGGUGGACAUGAAGAUGCAGGAUGAGGCGGCAAGCUUGGGCGAGCGCAUCAGUGCUGCGGAGCAGCAGUGGGAGAGAAGCUUCACGAGUGCUGUGGACAUCCAGCGCCGAAUGCGGACGGCAAUGCGGGGCGUGCGACUGUGGCGCCCGAGCUCUGCGGGCGCGCUGGAGCUGGAGGACGCCGCAGAUGAAACGCAUGACGAGGAGGAAGAAGAAGGAGACGACGAGGAGGAAGAAGAAGGAGACGACGAGAUGGAGGACGACAUGGAGGACGAACUGCUGGAUGGACGGCUGGUGUUUGGUGGUGGGGCUGCAAGGGGCGACGUCCAGGAGGCGGGGGUGCAGCGCGGUGAGUCGCGGCUGCUGAGCUGUGCAGCAGGCGCAGAGCUUCUGGAGGCGGUGGGGGGCUGCGGGCUCCUGGGUGAGGCUGGCGGGGACGGCGGCGGGGAGCUGCUGCUGGAGGCGGCGGGGCGUCGCGCGCUCUCCGUGCCAGCCAUGCGCCGCCCGGCCCACAGCCCGACACGCACUGGGCCGCAGACCCGGGCAGGGGACCCGGCUGCUGGGGACGGCAGCAGCGGCGCACGGACGGCAUCAGCAGCGGCUGAGGAUACCUGGGCGCUGGGACCGCAGUUCAGCUCCCUGCCCAACGCAACUGCUGUGGCUGCAGGCCGCGGCCUCACGGGCAGGGCCCAGGACCCGACCCCUGCGCCGACGGUGCGCUUCACGCCGCCGCUGCCGGCUACUGACACGGCCACCGGCAGCCGUGCGGUGCCCCUGCUUGCCAGCAGCAGCCGGGAGCCGGCCGGCGGGGAAAAUCAACGGCUCAUGCAUUCACAGCUUGCGGGACUGGAUGGAAGGCAUCAAAGCCCCAGGCAUCUGGAUCCGCUAACCCUGGAGCCGCAGGUGGGGCAGCAGCGGCGGCGCGCUGGCCAGCUGGGGGGCCCCAAUCAGCAACAGCAUUCGGCGGCAUCGGCCAACCCGGCCGGGUCCCGUCACCACAGCAUCGCCGAGUCGGUACUGAGCCUGGACAGCGCCGCAGGCGUCAGGCUGCUGCCCAUGGCGGCGGGCGGCGCAGGUAGCUGCAACAGCCACAGCCGCCACAGCGCCUUGGCUGCAGCCACAGAUGCGGCAGCGGUGGCGAUCAGUACUGCCGUGAUGACAUUCGACGCCGCCGCCAGUGGCCAUGCCGGCGGGGCAAACUGGUCGGCGGUGGGGGCUGCUGGCGGGGCCGUGGGCAACAGCAGUGCAUCUUCACCACGUCACGCAGCGGGCACCCGGGGCGCCGGCGGCCAACUGCCCCAGCAGCAGCUGGCAACGCUGCUGGUGCCGCGGGAAGGUGCGGCAGUGGUGCAGGAUGCGGGAGCGUCAACAGGGUGCACGGGGGCGUGGGGCGAAGUGGCGACCGCACGAGACGAAGCACGUGGUGCGGCCGCACAGCCAGCGGCGCGGCGGGCAUGCGGAGCGGAGGGUUUGCAAUCGGCCGUAGGCACGAGCGGCUCCAGCACCACAGCUGGGUUAGGGGAAAGGGCCGGCAAGGAGGCCGAAGCGACUGAGGAGGCAGCAGGUGCGACCGCCAGUACCGCGGGAGGAGAUGCCAGCCUCCAGCCGCGGAGUCGGACGCGGCCGCCGCCGCCGCUGCAGCAGGUGGGAGUGUCGCACGCUGCACUGCCAGCUGCCCGCAGCAGCGCAGCCAGCCCGUCGCCUCAUGGCCCCCGCUCCCAGCAGUGCAGCAGUCCCUCUCCUGCAGCUGCAGCAGUCUCUCACGUCAACUCAAGGGCCAGCGUCACAGAACUCACCUUCCCGCGGGGUGCUGGGCUGGCGUCAUCCGCGUCCCGGGUCACUGAUGGCGGCUUCGGCCAGCAGGCCCGGUCGCAGCAGCAGCAGGAACCACGCAACCGCAUAUCUGUCAAGACUUUGGAUGGACCCGUUGUUGGGGCUUCUGGCAGCAGCAGCAUGCCGCCGCCGCAGCGGCUGCUGCUGCCAGCCUUGCUGUCACCGACGGCGCAUGCCAGCUCGACGCACGCGAUGGGCGGUGUCAUGCGGCGGCAUGCGAGCAGUGUGGACCUGGCUGCUGCCGCUAGCCCCACUGGGGGCCUGUCGCGCUGCAGCGGCGCUUUGGCGCUGUCAGCCAGCCAGCAACACCUGCAGCUGCUGAGCUCGGACGCACAGCCGCUAACGGUUCAGAGCCUUGGAGGGCAGCGGCGGUCCGUGCUUGGAGGGCGUGAAAGCCCUUCUCCACUGCCCGCCCGCCGCCUCUCCAGCCUGGCCCUGCCGCGCUCUGGCUGCAACAGCCCCGAGGAUUAUUUCGGGCCAGGCAGCCCUGGCCGCUUCGUUGCGGUAUAUGACGGCGGCGAUGCGUCAUCCAGCAGCUAUGUUGCGCAUCAGGGGCGGAGCAGUCGCAUGUCGCUGAUGUCGCCGCUGGCAGCCGGCAUCAAUGGAGGUGGGGGCAGUGCCGCGCUGCAGUCAGGACGCAACAGCCCGGCGCCGCACCGGACCAUAGCAGCCCGAAAUCUGCCGUCUGUUGGCGGCGGCGCGCAGAGCCGACCACUUUGCAACCACGCCGACCUGGAGGUGCGCGGUUCUUCGCCAACUCCUCCGUCGCCUUCAUGCGUGGCCGGCCGCGAUUCAUCAUCCAGCGACGGUCGAUCUUGGCCAGCCACCUUCGCAGGAGACGAUGAUAGUGUUCGGCAGCAGCUCUUACAGGCGGUUCGCGCAGCGGCGGCGGUAGCAGCACCAGGGACAGCGCCGGCUGCCGCCGGGGCUGCAGCGGGCGGCUGGGGCACGGAGGAGGGCGGGCAUCCGUCCUCCCUGCGCGAAGGUCCAGCGAGGAACCUGGGGCCAGGAGGCGGCUCGCCGGCCUGUGGCGGCCUGCUACCAGCGCUUUGGGAGGUGGAUGCUGAGCCGGGGGCCUGGCAGUGGAGCGCAGAUGAUGAGGAUGCGGCCUUGGAUCCGUCGGCCACCUCACCCCGGGCUGGUCGGCAUCAGCAGCAGCGGCAGCAGCAGCAGCAGCAGCAGCAGCAGCAGCAGCAGCCCAAGCCGCCACCCGCCGGCGCACGAGCUGCAAGCAUGCCGCAGCCGGCCUUGUCGCCCGCAACGCUCGCCCAGGCUGGAGCCGCCGCUGCCGCAACGGAGAUGUCUUACUCCUGCCCCUCUCACGCCUCGGUGGCGCAAGCGGCAGUGGGCUCGCCGCCGGCAGCAGGCAAGGACCACAGCGCUGCGGCGGCACCUGCUACGCGGCCUGCGGGGCCCCAGGCCCUGGCCGCACUAGGUGUCCUGGGCUUGAUGCCCUGGGGUGACACCGACCGCACUGCUGGCGGCGGUAGCUGCGAUGACGAAACCCUAGCAUCGCAGCCUGCUGAGCCGCCAGUGCUUGAGCCGUCAAUUAAUGAGCCAGCCCAAUCGCCAGCAGCAGCGUCCGGCGAGGCCGGAGCUGCAACAAAGAUUGGCGGCGGCAGGGAUGGCAACGAAAGCAGUGGUGGGCAGGCAGCUCAACUGCCACCGCUGCGCACCAAAUCCAAGGGGCGCGGCGCCGACCUACUGCCCACGCCGUUGUCUGCAGCCGUGCCGCAGUCGCAGAUGCACUUGGCACUGCCCAUGCCGCAACAGCCCUCUCCGACAGGCCCGCGUGCCCCGAUGCGGCUGCGUUCACAGUCUCAGGUCAUCAUUGGCGUGCCGCCCAGUUUCUACGCCUGCCUCCGCAUGCCCACAUCAGGAGCAGGUGUGGGAUCUGCGCCGGCGCUGGCAUUUGAGGUCUGCGGGGCUGCAGCGACUGCUAGCGCGGCGGCAGCGGCGGCAGCAGGCCCGAAGGCGGCGAUCAGGGUUGCCGCAUUGGCAGCGCUAACGCCUGAGCAGCUGACACCGCAGGGGGCGGCAGGGGCUGAGACAGCAGCAGCAGCAGCAGCAGUCCUAAACGUGGGCAGCAGCCUUGGCGUUGCAGGCGGCAUUGUGCCACCGUCAACGGUGGUGCACAUGCCAGUGCGGACGUCCGCUGCUGUGUGGGCCAAGUCGCAGCCCAGCUUCCUUGCGUCCUUGCCGCCGUCGGCAGCUCAUGCCGCUCCGGGUCCUUCAGAGGGCUCAAGCGUGGGAGCAAGCGGCCUGACGGCAGCGGAUCAAGUCGCGGAAGGCGUGCCGCCGGCAGUUGGCAGCAACGUGCUGGGGGCUGGUUUACCAGCAGCUGGUGCUGUUGGGGGUGGCGGCAGCACGGGUGCAGCGGGCAGAAAGUCGCAGACCAGGGCAGCGGGAUUCCGUGUGUUGUUUAAAGCUGCUAAUCAGGAGCAGCAAAGACGCACGGCUGGGGGAUUGCAGGACCGCACGGCCCGCCCGCCGUGAAGAGCUUAGCGCGAAUGUCGGGUUCCAAGAGUUGGAAAGGUUUUGGUGAUCUCACAUGGUAAUCAGCAGGUACUGUACUUCAUUGUUUGUACACAAGCACCGAGUGACACUGCUUAGAAGGAACUGCGAGAAGGGGUACGCAUUGACAUCUCUAACAGCAAGUCAGCUAGCAUUAAAGUGCGGUACUUGCGAUUCUUGUUUGACGAUCAACUGCAUUUGCGCAUAUGUGCCCUGCUGGACCUCUUUGCCAUUUACAGGUCUGGCGCUUUGCGUGUCCUAGUCGUAUUCAUGCGUGUGGUAUAUGGUGUGGGGCAGCGUGCCAAAGCUCGACACGGAUGUCAUUGUGUGCGUGUUGAUUGAAUCCGCACGCAUUCGCAUUUAAAGCAUCUUCUGUAAGUGUGAGUUAGUAUUGGAAGGUGCGCUAUAGCUUAUUAUAUAUGUUUGAUGGCUGCGGGGAACGCACGACAUGCUGUACACGUCGCUAUAUAACAGCGGGUGAAGCCCUGGCGAACCUGUGGGGAGAGGGGUGCCGGGGAGAGUCUAGGCCCCGGCAGCUGCCUGUGAAAGUUGCGUGGGUGGGCAUGAAAGUUUCGUAGGUGGGCAUGAAAGUUUCGUGGGGGAGAGCAGCAGGGGGGACAGCGGGCACCGUGUCCCGACGGCUGACACAAUCGAGACCUACUUCUUGAAAUGGCCUUGAUUGAAUACUGGUAUUCUGCAUGGAUCGUGACUAUAAUAUAUGGAGCUGAUGUCUGUCAGUCUUCUGGCCGAAACGGACGAGCCCGCUCGAUGUCACUCAGCGUUUUUCGACAACAAAGCUAAGCAUAUAAUAAGC